AUGAGUAGACUUCCCGGGAUAAACACUAAUACGCAUGAAGAUGCAUAUGAGCUAAGAAGAGGACCAUGGACUGUUGAGGAAGAUGAUCUUCUUGUUCACUACAUAACUAGUCAUGGCGAAGGCCGCUGGAAUUACUUAGCUAAAUUUGCAGGGCUUAAGAGAACAGGGAAAAGCUGCAGGUUGAGGUGGUUGAAUUAUUUGAAGCCUGAUAUUAAGCAUGGAAACCUCACCCCACAAGAACAGCUCUUGAUCCUUGAACUCCAUUGCAAGUGGGGAAACAGGUGGUCAAAGAUUGCACAGCAUUUACCGGGAAGAACAGAUAAUGAAAUCAAGAAUUACUGGAGAACUAGGGUUCAGAAACAAGCCCGGCAACUUAAGAUUGAUGCAAACAGCAAGAAAUUUCAUGAAGCAAUUCGACGGUUUUGGGUGCCGAGAUUGCUUGAAAAAAUGGAACAAAAUUCUUCAGAAACAUCCUCUCCAUCUUCUUCCAUCUCAACCUUGGAAACUCAAACUCCCAUAAGUACUACACCAUGUCCUAAAUACAGGUCCCAGGUGAAUAAUUCUGAUAAGCACAUGGGAUAUUCACACAGUAACUCAAUAGAAUCUGGGAUAAUUUCACAGCCGACUGCAGAGAAUUCAGAAAUUAAUACUGCUUAUGACAAUUCAUUUCAAGAUGAUGGCUACCAUAUGGACAUUAGCAGUAAUAACAUGUUAGAAAUGGAGUCCCAGCAGGAGAUUUUGCUCUCGCAGUGCCAGCAGAUGGCAGAGAUUGAUUGGUUUGGUGAAACAGUAGCUGGGACUUUUUGGAAUGCUGAUGAAUUUGGGAUUUUAGAAAACCAUAAUUACUAG